AUGAAUUCCGAUCAUGAAAAUAGGCGACAAAUUCCCAAGUUGAGGUUGGAAUUGCCACCUUUGUGUCGGAGUAGAAGUCGUAGCAACGAUUUUGACUCGACGUCGGGUGGGGGCUUUAGAAAGCGGCAUUCGAAAAGUCACUCCCAAGAUUCCAUAACCUUCCGCACUGGUUGCAAUGGUCGAAAUGGAAUUCUUGAUGAGCAAAGCAGUGAUUCUUACUUCCAAAGGCUUUGCACUCUUCCUCCAACGGAACACCUUCCGAUGAGGGAUAUAUCACUCAGAGAAGCUGGUCGUAACAUUUUAUAUGCAUUUUCUCAAGUGCAUAAAGCUUUAAGACAAUUCAUUCGAUUCACCGGCAAUGAAAGGAUCUUUGCGCCCGAACUCAACAAGGCAAGCACCCUGAUAACACAGUUGAGUGCGGCGUUGCAAAGGUUUGACACGUUAGCUUUACAAACCGCACCGGACGCAUUUCAUUGGUCCCGAUUGCUCAUGUCAAUUCAAGAAAAUCUAUCGUGUUUUAAGAGUCUCAUGGAAUCGCUGAGAAAACGUCUAAAGUCUCUAACUCAAUCUUACGAAAAUAUUCGAUAUUCUCGCACCCUUCUUCUGACCUUUCAUGGAACCGUGGCUGAUAUCAAAUUCGCGUGGGAACACCUAUUUCCAUUAUUGAAUGAUUACACUCCGUAUACAGGACCUGCGUCACGCGCAAGAUCGAGUUCACGAUCAAAUAGUAUCAACACACCACCCUACUCCUCUGGGUCCCCUAAUGGUUCCUAUUUUAAUGGAGCGAUCACAACACCCACUGCCUAUCCAUAUGCUGUCAACAACGAUGCACCAUUUCCGGCUCCCGUGAUUGAGCGGCUUAUACUGCUAUCGGAAAAUUCGAUUAAAGCGGUAGAAUUCGUUUUGAAGCAUUUGUGUGAGCAGAUAGGCAACGAACUUUCCCCAUCUAUUAACGAAGAUGCAUCACGGCCAUCAUCUCCUAUAAAGAAUAAGAUGAUGGAGAUGAAAUUACACGUAAAAUACGUAUCCGAGGCAACCGAUCGAUUAAAAAAAUCUCUGACCGUAUUCAAAUUUUCUACAGCGCAGAAAGAAAACUCCAGUAUUCAGUUCAAAUUAUACAAGGAUACCAUCUCAUUUCUUCAGAAAACGGUAAAGAUGUCGACCAUGGCCAAGGAAAUUUCUCAAGAAUGGAAAUUGGAUGGCAAAAUUAUGUCGGGGUUGGGACAGGUGACGAAGACUAAUAUAAAGUUGGCCAAUCUUUUGCGUUCAGUAGAGGAGGUCCCGUCAAUGGUGGACGAUGGAAGUUCUCCAAAUCAACUAUCACCAAAUCCGAUGGCGGUUCCUAAAAAGAUUGUUAAGAUCGAACGCGAGGAAGACGAUGCUGUGGACGACAAAGAAUAUAAUUUAGAAAACAAUUACAAACUAGAUGGUUACAAUAUUUUUCACGAAAACAGCGCAAUGGAAAACGGGAAGCGUGAGGGAAAACAAGCCCUUCUGUUCGCUGAACCCGAAGAAACUAUUAUUACCGACGAAUCUUUGUCGUAA